AUGUCAUUUGUCAACCCCGACAACCUCAUCGCCGUCGCCCUCGUCAUUAAUCGCUCGCGCGACGGCCCAGCCUUCGUCUUCCACUACCCGCCUGCCGUCCUCCCCGUCGGCGGCCCCGACGGCGACCACGCUCGCGAUGGUGCCGACUCCGAGGACAUGCUGCUUGAGCGGCUUUCGCGACCGCUCUUCCGCUCCUCCAAUGACCAUCCCACUGCCAAGCACGGCCGCGGCGGCAGCAGCAACCGCCACACCGCGUAUGACGAGCACGUCAUCUCCGACGCCGGCUCCCAGACGGUCCCCUGGGAGAGCGUCGCCGGCUUCCCCACGCGUGAUCUUGCCGGUAUCCUGACCCCCGCGCGGCCCUACCAUAAGAAACUCUUCCAGCUCUCACUCGACCCGCUCCUCUGCGUCUCCUACCCCAUCCACGUCCCAGAGAGCGGCAAGUGGAAGCGCGCCAAGAAAAGCAAGUCUGCUGGUCCUGGAGCUGCGACGGGCCGCGCCGCAUCAGCCAUCGUCGACGACCAAGUCUCGGCCACGGCCACGUCGCGCGCGCCCUCCAUUGCCGUCUCCGCGCCGCCCGCCAAACCCGACUCGGACGGCCCGGCCGACACGGACAAAGAUAAGGCCAAGGACAAGAUCAAGGACAAGGAGAAGGACAAGAAAGAGGAAGAUGACGAAAAGAGGAGCUCUAUGACUAUGUUUAAUCUUGUCUUCAUCCUGAAGCCUAAAAGGGACGGUACCAGGGAACUAGUAGAUGCCCUCUACUCUAACGUUGCGAAAAAGGUCAACAAGGCCUUUAAAUACAGCCAACAGCACAGCGACUUUGUGUGGAAGGAGUCUAAGAAGAUUCUCGCCACCAAGGACCGCGCGCGCGAAGACAAGACACGAAUGAGCCAGCUAUGGAAGGAACUCCUGCAACAAUCCUCCCUCGCCGCCUCUGUCCGCGAUGUAUACGAGGCCAUCUCGCAGAACCGCAUUGCCACGCUGCAUCUAGACACCGCUGCCGGAGUCCUCAGCCCGUCGGUGCAGAUCCCAGCGCCGUCCUGCCUCGCCGACCUGCCCGAUGAGACCACCCAGCACGGCUGCGGGCGCGGGUGCGGCCUGUGGCUCACCACCGCCAACGCCUUCCUCACCGUGGAUGCCCUCGAGGAGCCUGGCUUUCUCGACCGGAACUUCGGCCUGCUUCUCCUCGAGGACGAGAAGAAGAUUGUCGCUGAGCUGCAGGCUGACGGUGACCCUGGCGCCCUGCCCAUGGUUGAGUUUGUUCGCCUGGCCAAGCCGACGAUGAGCUUCUACCAGGUCAGCCAGAGCAACGUCCUCAGCCUCUCCCAGGUCCGCAAGUUCGCCCAGCACUUUAUCUUUUGGCGGCGCGCCAUCGCCGUGCCCCCGCUUCACGCCCGCGACACCUACGUCGUCUCGCCCAACUGCGACCUCGACCGCCUGCCCGAGGCCUCAGCCGGCUGGCAGCGCGCCUUCCCUCUCGCGCCCCCGCUCGCCAACCUCCUCUCCGACAUGUCCGUCUGCCCGCGGCCCUACAAGUCCUUCUGCCCCAGCAAGGUCCACCGCCCGCUCUACCUGCGCAUGCUCGCGUGGCUGCUCCGCGGCGGCUGGGUCACGCAGCUCUGCACCUUUGCCUACGUCGUCGUCUGGCCCGAGAUCGUCUACCAGGUCGACUACGAGAUGGAGGCCGAGGAGCUGGCCGCCGCCGGCGCGCCCACGCCCUCGGCCUCGUCACCGCGCUCUGCAGGCGCCGAGUCGUCCAUCUCCCCGCUGUCCACCGCCGCGCCGCCGAUAUCUCGUCCGCACAACCAGCUCUCCCACUCCCACCACCACCUCGACAAUGACGCUGACGCUGACGACGACGAUGUCGCCGUAACCUCGCCGAUGAGCACCUCCAGCAAAGCCCGCCAGACCAGCAUCGCCAGCACCGCCUCCGACACCACCACCUUCGCCAGCGGCUCCCUGCCAUCCACCGCCUCCGCCUCCGUCGGCACCGUGCCCGUGCCCGUGCCCGUGCCCGAGCCCGUGCCGCACCCGUCCACCAACCGCAGCCCGCACCUCGCCGGCGUCGCGCCCCGCGUCAUCCUCGACGCCAAGCGCGCCACGGGGCCCGAGUCCCGCUACCUCGCCGCCAUCGCCGCCCGCCUGCGCGACGACCGCGUCCGCCAGGCCUGGCCCGCCAUGUGCCGCUACUUUGACGGCCGCUGCCCCCUCGAGAGGAUCGCCCUGCAGGAGGAGAUGAAGCGUAAGGAGGCUUGGACGCUCCUCACUGCCAUGAGCGAGUACCUCAUCUGCACGAGGCAUUGGUAG